AUGACAAAACUAAGCUAUAUAGCUUUGACAUUUGCCUGUGUUUUGUCAUCAGGAAUCUGCAAGGUCUUGCCGGAUUUGCAAUAUGACUUGGAAUUCUUCAACAAGCUUCCACUGGAAACCGACUUGCAAAGAGAGGAAUCGUUUUCAAUGCCACUGAACAACCUUAAUCAAUUCCUGACUGAUUUGCAACGAAAAUCAAGAGCAAUUAUACGAUCUGUUCAACCAGGUUUUCUUGACAACCUUGAUAUCACCAGAAGAAAAUUACGAUUGGAACUCCUCGAGAAGUUAUUAAAUGGAUCACGAUGAUCUCAAGGGAAACGCAAAAGAUGGAUCGUAUGAAAAUUAUAGACUGAUGUUGCAAUGUAUAAAUUUUAAUCUACUUACAAAUUCAUUAUACGGCCAUUUAUUGGUCGUGUUUACAAUUUACAAAAAAAAAAUAGAAUUGAAUUCCCAAGCAUAACAGUGUUGUGCAUUGCGCAUGUGAUUUUUUGAAUGUUCACUUACAAGGCAAUGAAGUGUCCGCAGUUGUCACAAAAUAUUGAUACUUUUGAGUUCAAUUUACUCAAACUCUAAUUGUUAAUUUUAAAAAAUUAAAAAAAAAUGACUGGUAGUUAUAUG